CUAGCAUAGUCAGUCUCUGUUUGAGGGUCGUUAAAGCUCUAUAGCUAGUUCCGGCAAGUGUUGUUUUUCGAAGUGUGAUUUCAUCAGAGAAAGAGUUUAUAUAUCAUACAGUAAAUCAAUUGAUAACGUAUAAUUGUGUCUUCCUUCGGUCUAUACUUUUUAGAAUCUGAGACGUGUAAUUCUGUAUAAACUCCACACAUACGUGUACUUUCGUCCAUAAUAGUAAGUGGCUUCGGUGUGGAUAUUGUUGCUUGAGAACUGCAUUCUCUCAUCGCUGUCCAUGCUUCACAUGUGUGAAUACAAGUUAGACAUGGACAUUGAUAACCAGAGCGAGGACGGAGAAAUCAAGAAGAGUCCAUCAAAAGAUAUGGGUGAUUACAGGUUAGGUUUAAAGAUUGACCAGCCAUGAAACAACCACAAGGAGUUUUUGUACGCAAUCAAGUGCGACAAAAUGUUCGAGACAUUCUCGAACGGAAUGCGUUACUUCGAUGCACGAACUGUUCGAAAGUGUGAUAUGUAUUAUAAUACGAGUUCGCGAAGUCUUUAUAGCUUUUCAGAGGAAGAAGGUGGCGACACUGCUGACUCCUUAGACAUUAAACCGCCACAAGCAGUUGUGCGUCACCAUAAGUCAAGCUCAUCUCGUCGAAGGGAGAAGCACAGCGACAGGAGAAGUCGUAGGGAUGAGAAAGAACGUAAGUCGCGCCAGCACGAACGCGAGGACAGGCACAGAGACAAACAUAGGCAUCGUAGGCAUGCCGGAGACCCUCUGGAAAGGUCUGAGCGUUUGGAAAGUUCCAAGAGAAACCGCGACAGAAUGGAACGUCUAGACAGAAUGGAGGGUCACUCGCGGGACAGUCGGGAAUCGUCUAGGCACGAACGCAAAGAAAGAAGUACUGGAGAUCGUGUGUUGGAAGAUUUGAGAGAAAGGUUACUAGAUAAAAGAAGGGAAAGGCGGGAGGAGCCGCGCGAUAUUCGCGACUAUAAGAUUGAAUCUCGUCGUGAAUUGCGCUUAGACGACGCGAGAGAAAUGCGCGAGUCGCGCGAUCGUCGGGACGUACGGAUGGAAGAUAUCCGAGACCGUCGUGAACUGCGAAUCGUGGACGAUGGUAGGGAUCGUCGCGAGGUUCGCGUGGAAGAGCAGAGGCACAUACGAAUGGUUGUGGACGAACAAUUCUCAGAGAAUGAACUGAUGGAACGGCCCGAGAAACGUCGCAAGAGAUCUCACAAGCACGACAGAAUGCGCGAGAGAGACCAAGAGAAGAUGGAACGUGAGAAGGAGCACAGAGAGAAGCAGCUGCGCGAGGCGAUGGAGAUUGUAGCCGACGAGAUUAAUGAGAUGGAGGCGCAGAAUGAGAUCCCAAUGAGGGAUCUUAAGGAUCCAAAAGAGAUGACGGAACAGGAACUCCGAAAAGAAAGACUUCUGGAAGCCGACCGAGAAAUGGCCAGGAGAAAGGAAGUUUCCAGAAUUGAAUUGGAAGCAAGAAGAAUGAAGAGGGGCGAGAAACGCUUAAGUCCUGAACAUAAUCCGGAUCCGUCCAUCGUCGAACUGUCGGACGAAAGUGUCAGUCUCACUCAUUCCGAAGGCGCACAUUCCAAGUCGCCAGAAUCCAGACAUUCGUCAGAAGGAGAGAGGAGCAUACGUGACAGAUCAUCGGAUCGACGCUCGUCCGACUCCUCGGAAUCGAGCAGUGACGACGACGAAGAGUCGAACGAAUCUAAUAAAGGUUCCAAUGGUGAUUCCAAUGACGCCUCAGAUUAUAACAAUCCGAGUCCACUCUCUGUUGAUCGACUUGCAAAGUCUGAUCAUUCCGACGGAGAUUCUCCAGGACACGUCGAUUCCAACAACAUGUCUAAAAAUGUAGAGAAGGAGGAGAAGAAGAAAGAAGAGGAGGAGCCUGAGUUACCGCCAUAUUUACCAGCUAUUCAAGGUUGUAGAAGCGUCGAGGAAUUUCAAUGUUUGAAUCGAAUCGAAGAGGGCACAUACGGAGUCGUAUACAGAGCACGUGAUAAACGCACGGACGAAAUAGUUGCGUUGAAACGAUUGAAGAUGGAGAAGGAGAAGGAGGGAUUUCCGAUCACGAGUCUAAGAGAAAUCAAUACGUUGUUGAAAGCGCAGCAUCCCAAUAUCGUCACUGUCCGGGAGAUAGUCGUCGGUAGCAACAUGGACAAGAUAUUUAUUGUCAUGGAUUACGUGGAACACGACCUAAAGUCUCUCAUAGAGACAAUGAAGCAAAAAAAACAAGUUUUCAUACCUGGGGAGGUAAAGUGUCUCAUGCAGCAAUUGUUGCGCGCAGUCGCGCAUCUACAUGAUAAUUGGAUAUUGCAUCGUGACUUGAAAACGUCCAAUCUGCUACUCAGUCACAGGGGCAUUCUGAAGGUUGGCGACUUCGGUUUAGCUCGGGAGUACGGCUCUCCCUUGAGAUACUACACGCCAAUCGUAGUAACACUUUGGUACAGAGCACCUGAGUUACUGCUGAGCGACACGGAAUACAGUACACCUGUAGAUAUGUGGUCCGUAGGGUGCAUCUUCGCCGAGCUUCUGCGGAUGGAGGCGCUGUUCCCUGGCAAAUCGGAGGCCGAUCAGUUAACUAAGAUAUUCAAAGAAUUAGGAACUCCAAGUGAGAGAAUUUGGCCGGGAUAUAACAAAUUACCUGUGAUUGUAAAGAGCCCCCCAUUUGCGCAUUAUCCUGUAAAUAACUUGCGACAAAGAUUCAGUUUGUCGCUAUCCGAACUGGGAAUCGAGUUGUUGAAUAAAUUUUUAACGUACGAUCCUCGUCAGCGUGUUACCGCCGAGGACGCUCUGAAUCAUGAAUACUUCACGGAAGCACCACUACCAAUCGAUCCGCAGAUGUUUCCCACUUGGCCCGCGAAAUCGGAGCAGGGAGUCAGAACCACGAACGCGUCCCCCAAACCCCCGAGCGGCGGCAAAGAAUACAAACAGCUGGGUGACGGUGACGACGCCGAUUUGAGCAACUCUGGUUUUCAUAUGGGACUGACCGAGAGCGGCAGAGCUCCACCCGUCGGCGGCGGUUUCCACUUGAAGUUCUAA